GGGCCCAGUUCAGUGACUGCAUUAAGCAGUUGGGGUCUGAUGCAAGCUAAGCUAUUGUUGUAGCCGUGUAGAUUAGAAUAGUGCCUUAAACGUGACGAAAGAUCCACGAAAACGCAAGCAGUAUUAGCCCCGCCCAAGGAGUGAAGCGGGUGGGACAAGCCUCACAUUGCACGAGUAGCGUCGUCUGCUCGCAGAUCGGGUUCUGCUUGAGUUACCACACGACCUCGCGCUAAGCGCAGACGACACCAGGUAGUGGAGAAGGCUGGGCCGUUUCGGAGAAGGUUACUUCGCUCGCUGUCCCUUUCUCAAGGUCCAUUCUGUCAUAUCACAGCACAUGAUGAAUAUGUGAUAGCCUUCACAACUGAAGUGGCCAUUUUCGUGACGAAUACUCCGUAACUGUGAUACUGGGGCACGCGACAAAAGCACUACCAACAAAAUGGAUGUAGAUUCGUGGAUUACAGUGACAAUUUUGGUGGAUUUAAUUGCCCUAGUCUUCCAAAUCGGAGCAUAUGCCUCGCCCAUGUGGGCAUGGGCCAAGGAGGGCACUAGAUUCAGAGGAGUUGCUUUGUGGUACACCGUUAGCUGUGGAGAACCAUGCGUCCCAAUAAAGGACGCCGAGCUCAACGCGACAUUAGACGGAAUCCAGGACAGUCACGUGGAGUUCCUGGUGCUGCGGGUGCUGCAGUCGGUCGGCCUGGCCGGCAUCCUGGCCCUUACCGUCUUCCUCAUCGUCUACAAGAUCGGCUACAGCGGCAGGUGGGGCAGCAUGAAGACCGCCAACCUCGCCUCCUUCAUCCUGUGCAUCUUUACAAUUCUGGAUCUCUUAGCCAGCGCAAUACUGUUUGGCGUCAAAUACUACAAUUUCUUCCUGUUCGUUGAAUCUUUCGACUCUAGUAGUAUUCCUUGGUCGGCGUUGAUGAGUUUCCUUGCCUGCCUCAUUCUCAUCAUAGUCUGCCUCUUCAUCAAACUAAAGUGUAAACCGGAACACGUAGACGGGGCGUCUCUUCCCGUAUCACGUGAUGUAUCUAAGAUGAACCUUCACCCCCACGUGCAGAAUGGCACCGGUGGCCACCGCUACUACAACCAGACACCGUAUAUGGACGACAGGUCGAGAUACAACGAAGACAACCGACCCAUACACAAUGGGGGUAUGAUCAGAGGCUAUGAGGAUUUCGAUGACCGGAGAAACAACAGCCAAUAUUACCCUGAAGCACGGAACCCCUACGAAACCAGGCACAACGGUCAUUACGAGAACAGAGGGUACCAACCAGAGCCCGAACCAGCUGUCCUCUACAAGCCUGCGUCUAGUCAAUUCAAGGACAACCGAGACAGGGAACUGGGACACACGAUUUACACCGGAACUGGAUUUUCGUACUUGAAAGGGGAGGUAAACAGGGGUGAUCGUGAUGAUUCCCGAUACGGCCGCCCGAUGGCGCUAGCUGACUACAGCCAUUCCACAAACCGCGGUCACGACGACUACUAUGAGUCUUCAAGAAUUGGUCGGCCACCGAUUGGAGGAAGCCGAGUCCUGCCGUCCAAUCCCAAUGCAUACGUAUACAGACCGCACCAGUACUGACGACCUCAAACAUGCGGGUAGCAGUGAACGGAUGGCACGGUGGCAUGUCUCCUGGACAUAUCAUUCAAAAUAUCCAUUUUCGUGGGAUAAAAUCAGACACAAGAACGUAACUGAGAGAGAUUUUAAGUUACAUAAUGGGAUGGAGAACGUUGAUGUUGACAGAACCACAACUAAAGCACUAAUGCUGGUAGGAAAUACAACAUUUACAGUGAAACCUCGUUAAUGCGGAUCCGGUAACAUUCCGGACCCCGUUUUCGGACCAAUAUUAUUUGUAAGGUAUAUACAUAAUUGUAAUGAAAGGGACGUUACCACGUUUUCGUCAUUUCUUUAAUGCGGGUUUUUUUACCAAUUUUUGUAAGGUUUAUAUAUGUUUGUAACGUCAGCGUCAGCGUCCCCGUACUCGCUGGCCCUCCUCUAAGACACCAACAGACGGAGACUCUACAGGAAGCGGAUCGAGCUGUAGUCAAAGGGUGGAUAGGGAACUGAAAGAAGAUUCUAAAAUGUUGUUGCUGAAUGUAAUGGCGCUUCCAUGCUGAAAUCCUGUAUGGCACCUUUUCAUGUUUGUUUUUUCUAUUGUAGAUCCAUGCUAGUUAUUGAUGUGUUGCCCACGGUUUUCAUGGUGAAUUAAUCGUUAAUUUGCACACUGGUUUACAGUACAAUGGACCUCGUUGUGUUUCCUUGUGUCGACCCCUUCAUCAGCCUCUGUAGUCAAUCAUCUUAUGCAUGAGGAAUAUAACCAAGACGCUAGUAAACCAAACCAUACUCGACAUUCACAGAAUAUUUAAAUGUAACUUUAGCAAAUUGUUUUCAGUUGUCAUUAAUUACGUUUUCGAAACGAGUAUGUGUAAUCAUCACGGCGAUGACCAUGUGUAGCAGCAUGCUUCAACUCUCGUUUGUUCCGUGUAUUAUAUAUUCUUGACAAAUCGAACGAGAGAGGCACGAUAAAGUCGAGGAGGUUCUAUGAUUUGGAUUUGAUCAAUGUUGCUAUCUCAUUUUCCGAUACGUUUGCGUCUCCCCAUUCAGUGUUUCAUAUACAUGUAUACUGAAAAACAAUAAAGGGAUAUUUUUCUAUGAAAUUGUCUGCUCAGUCUGUGCUACAGAAAAUAUCCCAGAAAAUAUUCCUGAUCCCCAACGUUUUUGUUCACUGUAGAUGUAGGCGUCAUAGUCUUUGGAUAACAAAUGGAUUCCAAGCUAUGUUCACACUGUUGUUUAGCUAGAUUGGUGGCGCGUGUACCCAGUGAAUUCCCUGCAGGCCGAGGUUCCAUCUAAAACAUACACGAACUCUCAUGGACAAGGGAUGUCACAAUACACAAAACACCAUACAUGCAAAGUGAAGUUCUGUUUUGAAGAACGAACACUACAAUAUAUUCACAUUCUAUUCACUUCCAGUAUUUAUCGUAUGAGGUGUACAUUAUAUUGUGGUAUAUAUACUAUAUACUAUACGAGGCCUAGACUGAAACCAAAUAUGUCCUAUGUAUAUAUGUCGUAGAGAUCAGAGUGUCCAUGUUGUAGAAUAUGUUCUUGUUGUUUGUCAUUUGUACUUGUCAGAUAAAUAGAAUAAAACGAUAUUGUCUUUUAUAUAUACUUAAAUAUUGAAUAUACCUUUCAUCUUUUUUUAAUAAAGUCAUAUUUUAUAUAGA